AUGGAUGUGGUUGGCGAGACCCAAACUCGCACGACCAUGCAAGAGUUGAUGCUUGACGAUGACCGGAGAGCUAUUUGUGAUUCUUGGGGUUAUGUUUCAAACGUCGUCCUCGAUAUCGAAGUCGAAGCCAAAUUUGUCAGAAACGGCAACCCAAGCCAACAACCUUUCAACAAUAUCAGCUUCGAGCUACACUAG